AACGCAACACCUCAUUCUCCCAUAAGGCAUUGCGGCUCGUAAAUAUGCAAAACUCUGAAGUCAUGCUCAGCAUUUAGAGAACAUGGACACAAGUGUGUAAUAACACAAUGAAAGUAAAGCUCCGAAGACACUACUGAGGAUUUAAUUUCACAGAAAGGAUGAGUCACCGCAUUAAUGAUGUCAUGAAGCUGUGCUGUGAGUUAUCUGCCAAUCAGCAGGUAAAAUCCACAGUGACAGGAUCUGGGAAAGGUGCAGCAGCAGCUGGGGGUCUCGCCUUUGCUGGAGGCCUGAUUGGAGGCCCUCUUGGUAUUGCUGUAGGUGGUGCAGUGGGAGGCCUCCUUGGAUGCUGGCUCACCAGUGGACAGUUCAAACCACUACCUCAGAUCAUCAUGGAGCUCAGCCCUCAGCAGCAGCAGAAGCUUUAUGAUGAUCUCAUGGCCAUCCUGGGAGACAUUCAGUGGACAGACUUGUCUCAGCUAACUGCUCUGGUGAUGGGCAAUGCCACACUGAAGCAACAGCUCACAGGUGCUCUUAUUGGGUAUGUCACCAAGGAGCUCCAGGCUGAGGUGCACUACGUGGAUUAGUGUUGUCUCCAUGGUUGAUAACCUACCUAAAAGUUUAACAUGCCUAGUAAGAUUAUUGAGUAGAAUAUAAGCUGCUCCUGUAAAGCAGAAGCAACAUAGUAAGAAUAGGAGUUGUGGAUUUGAAGUGGCCUGUGAAGGAAGUGCACUUUUUUAGUAAAAAUAUUUAUUAUGUAUCUGAAUGCUCUGAAAGUGAUAUUACGUGGCUUUAAAAGUUGUGAAUUUAAUACUUGAUUUAUUGAUAUUGGAACAGCCUAUGGUCAUAUUUGUACAAAGAUAUAAUUGUGGAAAAAAAUGAGCCAAAUUGCUUUUAUGAAUAUAAUGGCACAAACCAUCCAUCAAGCUGCAUUGUGUGAAUGUUUAGAGUAUAUUGGAUUAUUUCAGUAAAACAGAAUAUUACUGCUUUUGUUUACAUAACCUUUUGUACGUCAUGUGCAUCUAAUAAGCUUAAAGUGUUCAUCUAACAAAUCGUAAUUCAUUAUGUUUACUUAUUAAUAAUCCUUCAAGUGCUCCAAUAUAAUCUAAAAACUUUUAAGUCAAAACAACUCUGAGGACUUGGCUGUGACUUUUUCAUAAGGGAUGACAUGCAAAAAAAUGUCAAAUAAAAAUAUUUUAAGAUUUUUAAAA